GUAUAGAUAGGUACUUAUUUGAUAGGGAAAUUAUUCUCAUCGCAACUGCCCAAUUUAUAUUAUAAUACGGAGCCUUUCUAAACAUAAUAAGUGUGUAUGGGACUCUUCUUUCCCAUAGUAUACCUCUAACAGGCAGGUAACGGCAAGAUCUAUCUCCAACGGGGUUACACAUGCAUGUCCCCACAUGUUACAAGUACCUAGUUAUCUAAGGUACGUACCUCACACUUCACAACUUACAGCAUCAAGGUAACCUUCGAAAUCCUACAGCUUCAGCUUUACUUUGCCCACUUUUAGGCCAGCUCCCGCCCUCUUCCAGUCUCCCAUAACCAUCUACUAGAAAGGACCCCUAUAACAAAAAGAAAGGCUACGAGCAAGGAUCAAGAUGCAAAUAACCUUCUCAACGGCCCUCCUCGGCGCCCUCACCCUCCUAGCCGGCUCGCCCUCCGCCGCCGCCGCCAAAUCCCAACGCCCGCCGCAGACGACCCUCACGCUCUGGGUCCCGUCCUCGCAGUCCCUGCCGAACCCGCACGUCCUCCCGCCCAGCACGCACGCGACCCUCUCGGCCCUGCGCGCGUCCUACGACGCGCCCCUCACCGCCGUCGGCUCCUUCGUCUUCCGCAACGUGACCCCGGGCUCCUACCUCGCCGACGUGCACUCCCCCACCCACGCCUUCGCCCCGCUGCGGAUCGACGUCCUCCAGCACGCCCCCGCGGAAGACGACGGCGACGAGUCGGCGGCGAACGGGCUGUUGACCGUGCGCGCUUGGGAGACGUACCGCGGCAACGACUGGGAUAAUAAGGGCCAGGAGGCGCCCCGUACCGGCAGCGGGUUCGCGGUCAGGGCGUUGGGGCCUAAGGAGUAUUUCAUCGAGAGGAGUUCUUUCUCCGUCCUCAGCAUCCUCAAGAACCCUAUGAUCCUCAUGGGCCUCGUCAGCAUGGCCCUGUUCAUCGGCAUGCCGAAGCUGAUCGAGAACAUGGACCCCGAAAUGCGCGCCGAGUGGGAGGAGCAGCAGAAGAACAACCCGAUGAGCAGCCUCAUGGGCGGCGGCGGCGGCGGCGGCGGCUCCAAGCCCGGCGCCAACUUCGACAUGGCCGCCUACCUCGCCGGCCAGGGCGCUACCAAGAAAGACGAAUCCGAGUCCGGGUCCGGGGACGCGAAGAAAGGGGGCAGGAGAUGAGAAAGCCUAAGAGCGGAGAAUAGUAGGGGAAACAUAGGUUGGAUAAUUACCUACCUAAGUAGGUAGGUAGUCGUACAGAGAAAAUAUUUAGACGCGCUGGGAAAUUAGAAUAAACCAGGGUUACCUUAGAGGUAUUUAUGAAAAGUCCCCUAAGGUUAGGUACAUAAUUAACGACGACGCCUUAUUUAUUAUUUUAUAAACGGGACAACUUUGAUUCCGGAUUACUUCUU